CGUUGACUCAUCUUGAGGGACUCAUUUUGGGGGGCUUUAAAAGGAAGACCACCGACUCGAGCGUGACGCACACAAAUUCGACCCCCCGACUCGCUGGAUGUCAACAGGUGCUCUAUCGUGUCCACGGUGAUGCAACACCUGUUCUCGAAGUUUCCGUCGAGUUCCAGAUAGUUCCACGCGGACAUGGCAGAAGGAGACUUUUACACGCUGGGCAACCGCCAGAGGUUCCCCCGGGAUCCGUUCGGAGAGUCGCCCUUUCGGGAGCAGAUGGGCUCCCGCUUCAUGGAGGAUGACUUCGGCAUGCCGCCCUUCCCCGACGACCUCUCCAUGGACUGGCCGGGCUGGGCUCGACCCGGCCGGCUGAGCACCCGCCUGGGCUCGGCGCCCUUCGGCAGCGCCUUACGCUCGGGCUUCCCGGGCCACCAGCAGCGGCAGUCGGCGGCGGGGCCCUCGCUCUACGGCGGCCGCUACGGCGAGGCCUCCCCGCGGAGCUCCCCGACCACCGGCCUGUGCAGCGGCGGCAGCACGGGCGGGGAGCCGUGGAAGAUGUGCGUUAACGUGCACAGCUUCAAGGCGGACGAGCUCAACAUCAAAACCCGAGAUGGUUUUGUGGAAGUAUCCGGAAAACACGAAGAGAAGCAAGAAGAAGGCGGGAUCGUCACCAAGAACUUCACCAAGAAAAUCCAGAUCCCGAUGGACGUGGACCCUCUCACGGUGUUCGCCUCGCUGUCCCCCGAGGGCGUCCUCAUCAUCGAAGCUCGCCAGACGCCGCCGUAUUACCUCUUCAGCAACGAGGGCUCGCAGGGCUCCGGCGAGGAUGUGCCGGGCGCCGAGGUCACCGUGCCCCUGGCGGUCUAAACCCCCCCCCCUUCCCUCCCUCCCUCUCGCCAUAUAGAAGAUGCUACAAGCUAGUUAGCCGCCAAGUGACGGCAAUAACACGCGCGAUGACGUCAUCGCCAUGCUGGCGAUGAAGCAACAGCAUCUGGACGGCCGAAAAACAAACCUCUGGAUGAGUCAUCGCCCGCCCCCUCCCCCGAGAUCUGUUAUUUUUCCUCAGUCUUCCAAUUUUAGGGCCCUCAUCAAAAACAAGAACACUGUAGGUCUUUUUUUUUUUGUUAGAUCCAAGAUGGCUGACGUCAAAGAUCACAACGAUGCCUGAACAAGAACCCUAUUUGUUUUUGAUAGAUGCCUUUAAAUACACUUUUCAAAAUUCUAAGCAAAGAGGAAGCAGGGCCUGUUACAUGGCAAUCGCUGUUUCUAAGGGACGGGGGUCGUAAACAGCCAUCACCUUUUAUUUUUUUUAUUUUUUUGUCCUGCCAUCGCCUUUGAUUACAACAGUUCAAAGAAAAGGUCGCCUUGAUGGGAGUCAGGCCCUGCUUCCUCUCCGCUUUGUAGUUCUUGGGUCAAUACAAGAUGUGGAUUACAAUAGAAGAAAGAAACAGAACGUUUCGUUUAAGUCGGCGCCAGAACCCUAUCGUUUAUUUGAACGGAUCUAAAAGUGAUUAGGGUCGCUGGGGUCAAAGGUCAAUUAAGUGUUGAUUUCACCCUCUUUAAAAUUCCAGGAUUGUUUUAUUCUAUCAGGACAAAAAACAAAGCUAUUGAUUUUGUGUUU